AUGGCGCCCGAUCAUCCGUCACUCGCGAUCGCGCAAAAGCUCCCCAACGACGUCCUGUGCGAAUUAUACAAAUUCUGUGCAGCUGGCGAUCCUCCCUUGUCGGACAACACUCCCUCCCGAUUGACUCGACCAGACGCACGUUCGACGCAGCUGGCACCCACUUGGUGUACAUCGUCCGAGAGUGUCCUCCCCAAUGGCCUGUACGACCGGUGGAACAUUGGCUCCUGGACAAACUGGCGGUCAUCCCACAACCUCUCGUUAGGCUGGUUGCGACUGACACACGUAUGCGCACACUGGAGAGUAGUCGGCCUGAGCUUGGCUCGAUUAUGGGGUGAUAUAUUGCCCAUGUUUCCGCACCAUGUCGAGGACAUCCUUGCUCGCUCCCGCGAUGCCCCCGUAUCCUUGGACAUGGAUGCUGCUUGCAGGGCGCUUAAACGGCUACCUGAGAUGUUGUCGUCGGAGUUUCCAGUGUCUGUGUUCCUCCACGUUGCAAAGCAGCAAAUCAAGCGUGCACAUACCAUCACUUUCCCUCACACAUUGAGAGAUGGUUGGUCUCCAUCUCUUCUCCGCGACGCUCGGCUACCAUACCUCGAAACACUUCGCAUCGACGCAAUCGAGAAUGAGGAGGAUGAGCUUUGCGACCUCGCAUUGCAUGCACCAAUGCUGAUGCACCUCGACCUCAGGGGCACCUUCUCACCGUGUUUGAUUAUUCCGUCGCUCAGGUAUAUCAAAAUUACUGAUCUUUUUGUUUCCGAAGACGUUGGGCCUCUGAGCAAUACAACGCUCUUAGAAUCAUUUCGUUCCACGCCGAUGCUAGAGGAGCUCGUACUGGGGUUGCGCUACGAAUUUUCUGGGCGGGCACUCACCCCCCUCAAACCCAUCCUAUCCAACCCCAUUUUGCCAGGAACUUCUGCUAUACCUCUCCCUAAACUGUCGUAUGCCCAAAUCUCCGCACCUUUGCACGCUCUUAUCGACAUCAUCAAGAACUUCGACAUGCCGACCGACAUGUCGCUGAACCUUAUACCGCGGUAUCAGUACAACGACUCAGAUGAGUCGCUCCUGCCGCUUCUCGACGCCCUCUCUCCGCGCCUGCGCAACCCCUGUAUGGAGCGCAUAAGCAUCGCAGUAGGCUUAAAUGUCGAUGUUUGUCUCGCGUCAGCCGAUGCAUAUAGCGAGCCUACGGCACGAUUGUUCCUGAGGACGAGUGUCUACGGCGGCAUCAAUGACAAAUUCAAAUGCUUAGCGCACUAUCUGUCGCAGUAUCUUGUCCGAAUGGAACCCACCAACAUCACGACGUUUCACGCAUGCUCAUGCCAAUGCCCGUCCAAGCAGUCCCGUGGACCGGCAACAGAAGGCGCACCCCAGGACUGUGCCACUCUAUUACACCAAUUGCCGAGUUUGACCGCACUCUCGGUGUCGUGCCAGCCCGCCCUCCAUCAGCCAUUCCUCUGCGCAUUGGAAUCAUGCCUCGCCCCAGAGACAUUGGAGACCUUCACGGUCUAUACGGACGAUGCGCGGGCAACUGCGUCGGACAAGCUCCGGCCACAAAUAGGUCUCUCUCCCAGUGAUGCCCAGCCCGCCUUGAUCGAAGGCAAACGCCGCUGGGAAAGUAUCCUAGCCGUACUCGGCCAUCGCGUAAACAACGACAGGCGCUUGAAACGCUUGAUUCUGAAAGGAACACGCAGCGAUGAGGCGUCGAUGAAGGAUGUUGACGCCCGGGCACUACGCGAAGCAGCAAAGUUGGUCGAAGAAGUGAUCGAUGAGAGGACUUUGUGA